CACGUCGCAGACGGACCUCCGGUCCGAUCGUUCGAGUCAUGUUGUAACCAGGAUAGUAGAGUGGGUGUGACCAUUGAUAUAUUGCGCACUUUUUUUGUGAACCUCGCUUCUCAUUCUUUCUUACCGGUAUAUACUGCAUAUUUUACAAAGCAGUAUGUUUUCUGGGCAACGCAAUGCUGCAUUGGAGACUCAGGAACGUGUAACAUGGGUAGCCCCUGACAACGCUGAAUCAAGUGAUAUCGACGUGAGCCCUUUGGACAUUGACAGUGAUGAUGACGACCCUACCUACGUUCCUGACGAAGGCCUUACUCAGGACGGUGCCUUUGACCUUCCUAACUCUAGAGAUCGCAAGGUCAAUGUUGUCCCUCAAGCGAUGCCUAUGGAAGAGGAACCUGAGCCUAACCCUAAGAGGUCUCGUGCUGAUGAAUGGAAGAAGGAAAACAUUGAUAUCCAUGCCCUGCCCGACUACAUUCAUCAGAAGCAUGGUGCCAGGAAUUCUCUUGGCACCAGAGAUUUUGCUUUGCCAAGAAGGGGCCACCAGGCAGUUUUGCAAAAUAUUGAGACACGCCAGAAUGCCACUGCCCUACACAUGCCAAAGCGUGUCACCAUGAGGCAGACCUGCAAGUUCUGUUCUGGUGCAGGCCACAUCCACAGUUCCCGCUGGAUGUGUGAGGAUUGCAAUGUUGCCCUUUGCCUUACUGAAGAAAGGAAUUGUUUUGCUUUGUUCCAUAAGAUUUCUAAGUAAGUUGUUUGUUAUGAUAGUUGUUUAUAGUGUUUU